UUCACUCGCUGUUAUUCUCCAUACCGGAUCUGGUAUUUAAAACAUUGAUGACAACUGAUAGGCUAACCGGAGCUUAACAAAUGAGGAAUCAAGCAUGCAUUCGUUGAUUAAAAUAGACGGGAUGAUUGCCAAAUUAAAUAAACACGUUGUCUGAAUUCUUGAAGAUAAACACGAACGAAACUCAAGUGUUUGUGCUUUCUUCUUUGCGAAACUAACUAAUUUUGUUUAGAUCAAAUGAUAAGCUGAAUAAAAAAAUAGAACAGGUGUAAUCAACAAAUGUAUCGUAUUCAUCAAAACAUAUGAAGAAAAUGUUAGCAAUGAGAAUCUAAUACUACUUCAAACGUCAGUAAAAGCAGGAGUUAUCUUCACGCAAUUAUCGAAUCUAUAUGUGGAUCAACAGGAGUUAUCUCCUCACAGUUAUCCAAACUGUAUGUGGAUUAAUAGACGGAUUCAUUGGAUAAUUGGAUAUUGGGCAGGCAAAUAUCUAAAAUAAGAAAAAAGCCGAAUAGGAUUAUUCUAUUGGAUCAAUUCAUCACUCUAGUCUAUUGGUAGAAUCACUCUAAUAUAUUGGUAGAAUCAGUCAAGUCCAUUAAACAGAAUCAUUACUCUAGCCUAUUGGAUAGAAUCAUCACUCUAGUCUAUUGGUAGAAUCAGUCUAGUAUAUUGUUAGAAUCACUAUAGUCUAUUAAUAGAAUCAUUACUCUAGUCUAUUGAGUAGAAUCAUCACUCUAGUCUAUUUAAUAGAAUCACUCUAGUCUAGUGAAUAAAAUCACUCUAGUUAAUUGGAUGGAAUCAUCACGUUAUUUGAAUUAAAAUGCAGAUACAGACACAUUAGAGUAUAGACUUAUCAGUGUAUUCUUUUGUAUAAACAUAUCGGACAAGUCUAUUGAAUAGCUAGAACACACAACCCCAGAAAAAGAGGGGAAUAGACCGCGUAAUACAGGCUAUUAUAUUAAGUAGAACCAUCAAACUGAUCUAUUGAAUAGACUGAAUAGACAAAUCACUCUAUCAAGAGGAUGGGCUCUGUGAUCUAUUCUAUUGGAUAGACUGGUCAGAUUGGAUAGACUAGUUAGACCAGCGUGUCGGAUAGACUGACAAGAUCAGGCUGUGAGACUACACAGAGAUCCGACCCACCAGCCCUCCAGACGGGGUAGCAUGGUGCCAUGGCCGCCAUACCACUCUCCCUCGCCAACGGCGGCCGCAGCAUCCACUUCGAUGACGGCCACGUGACUCCGCACCCCGACACCCCUCCCGGGCCGGACCCCGGUCUGAAUGCCGCCCCACCCACGAAGCCGUCCUCCCGCCACAAGCCCGCCAUCAACCUCUGCGUCAGCUACACGCGCGCCAACAACAACAACACCAAAAACAGAAACCAUGGUAACGUGAGCCUGGACUCGAGUCUGGGGGAGUCCCCGCCCCUGACUCCCCUGUACGACGCCCACGACCACCGCCUGUCCAGCAUCAGCAGUCAGGUGACCUUGUUCCACAACGGCAACAUGGAGUCUGGGCUCCUGGCAUUCUCUGGACGAGACUCCCCGAAACCCAUACACUCCAAGACGCUGUCUCUUAAGCGGGUCAAGGGAUCUUUCAACGACCUUGACCUCGAGAGCCUGUACAAGACGUACACAGUGAGCAACAAGUACCCACUGGUCGUCAUCUACCUGGCCUUGUUGUCUUUGAUCUCACUCGUUUUGUUGGUCCUGGCCAUUUCCUUUAUCCACUCGCAGAAGAGUUCUCCCAUCGAAUCCAUCGGCCGUAUCGUCAACCUCAGCCUCAGUUUCAUCUACUUCACCACCCUCCUCCUCAUCAUCCUCUUCGCCUACCAGCAGUCGUUCCUCACCCACCCCACCUACGUGGGUCUCUUCAUCCUGGCCGGGACCACCAUCUCCAUCAACGUCUACUUCGCUUUUGGCAAAGGCAGGACGCCAACAUCUGAUGUGCCGUCUUUGUUUUAUACAGUGGUUGUAUCCUACAUGGUGCUACCCCUCUCCAGAAAAUGGCUGCUCAUCUCUGGCACCGCCGUCACCGUGCUACACCUGGUCACAGCUGGGGCCAUGUCCGAGACCGCUGACCUUGGCUCACAGCUGGUCUGUACGGUGCUGGUGCUUGUCUGUGCCAAUGUCAUCGGUCUCAGCCACAAGUUCCUGUCUGACAUCGCCCACAGGCGGGCGUUCUUGGAGGCCCGGAACUCGGUGGAUUCCAUGAUAAAGCUGGAGAAGGAGAAACAGCAGCAGGACGAGCUGUUGGUGUCGUGUAUACCCAGCAACCUGGUGACGGAGAUCAAGAAAGAUUUACAGGAAAAUAUGCGGGAGCCUCGGCCGAUGUUGUUCCACGACUUGUAUGUUGAAAGAUAUGACAAUGUUAGCAUACUGUAUGCAGACAUCGUCAACUUCACACCUUUGGCCUCUGAAUGCACGGCAGCAGAGCUGGUCAAGAUGUUGAAUGAAUUGUUUGGACGCUUCGAUCAACUGGCCUCUAAGAGCAACUGUAUGAGGAUCAAGAUCCUGGGUGACUGCUACUACUGUGUCUCUGGGGUCCCUACAGCCGACAAACAUCACGCGCUCAACUGUGUCCGUAUGGGGCUCAGGAUGUUGGACGCCAUCAGAGAUGUAAGGGAAGCAACCAAUGUGGAUGUUGAUAUGAGGAUUGGAGUUCACACAGGCUCUGUGCUCUGUGGAGUACUGGGCCUUAGAAAAUGGCAGUACGAUGUGUGGUCUGAUGAUGUUACCAUAGCAAACCACAUGGAGUCUGGCGGCCUCCCUGGCCGUGUUCACAUCUCAAAGCAAACGCUGGCUUUUCUUGAAGGAGAAUAUGAAGUGGAGGAUGGUAAAGGACAUGAGAGAAGUUUAUUUUUAGCUGAGAACAAAGUGGAAACAUUCCUGGUGGUUCCAGUAGAGAGGCGGCAAACGCGGGACAGGAAGCUGGGCAAGACCAGGUACCACCUGAGUGGACUGCGCAAAUCUCUGCGAGUGACCAAGUUCCUGGAGACCUGGGGUGUAGACAAACCUUUCGCCAACCUGAAGACCAGUUCCAUGGUCUCCAAAGUCUUGAGUCUCACGAGCCUUGCUUUGAUAGAUUCCAACUUUAUGAUGAACUCCACUGGCAUUGAUCAAGGACUUCUGGCAGCAGACAAACAACAGCAGGAUGAGAUCAACACGCGUCUCCAGGAGAGGUUAAAUAAUAUCAGUCACAACAGCUACCAGUGUAAAUCUGAAGCAGAGAUGCAUUCCGUGUUCCUGCAGUUUCUUGACCCCUCAGCCGAGCACAGUUUUUCAAAACAAUCUGAUGACAUGUUCUCAUUUUACGUUAUCUCAGCUUUCUUCAUCUUCAUCGUUAUAUUCAUCAUUCAGGCUAUCAUGUUGCCCAGGAGUGCUUUGUUUUUCGUCACCUCCUUUUUUGGAGUUUUGUUAUUUACAGCUUUAACAGCUGUGUGUUUGUGUAACAAGUUUCAUUUUUUGAAACGCUGUCACAAAUUUUUGGACAUUUUCACCAAGAUCUCAGAGUAUGUGGGCACCAUGGCAUGGGUGCGUGUGGUGCUUUCAUUGUGCUGCGUGGGCUUUAUUUUCUUCACUUCAACUAUCAGCAUGGCACACUGUGAAGGCUCUGUGAACGCAACAGAUAGAACAGCGGCAAAGUCUGAGACAGGGACAGCACUAUGUAGCUACCCUUCAUAUUAUGUCUUAAGCUUUUUGCUCGCCUUCACUGGUUACAGUAUCUUCAUACAGAUCAGCUUCAUCAUCAAACUCAUCUUUCUCUCCAUCAUGUUCAUCUUAGUCAACAUCAUCAUACAUGCAGGGAAAGGCUCAGUGUUUGAUCAGUAUGAUUACCUACACAGUGAAGGGAAUGAAUACAUGUCACUAAGAGAAAGAGCUACCAUUUAUUUUGUUAUUGUGUUGUUGACUAUGCAUUACCUAGACAGACAGAUGGAAUAUGCAAACAGGCUAGGACAUUUAUUCAAACUACAGUUCCAGAGAGAGACAGAACAGGUAAAAAUGAUGGCUGCUAUAAACAAAAUAGUUCUGGAAAAUAUCAUACCAUCCCACGUUAUAGCAUAUUACCUGCGAUCCUCUCGCAAACAUGAGGAACUGUACCAUGAAUCCUGCAGCAAUGCCUGUGUCAUGUUUGCCUCAAUUCCAAACUUUAAAGAUUUCUACCAGCAAACCAAGGCAAAUGGCGAGGGGCUGGAGUGUAUACGGGUACUCAACGAGAUCAUUUCAGACUUCGAUGUGCUACUUAUAAAGAAAUUUCAGGAAGUUGAGAAAAUAAAAACAAUUGGAAGCACAUACAUGGCAGCCACAGGCCUACAUGCUGGGGCUAGAAGAAUAGAGGAUAAUGAAACGUGUGAGCGAGACAUUAUUCUAAUGAUUCAGUUCUGCUUGGCCAUCAUGGCCAAAUUAGACGCCAUCAACGAACAUUCUUUCAACAACUUUAGCUUGAGAAUUGGUGUCAAUAAUGGUCCAGUGAUUGCUGGAGUCAUUGGUGCCAGGAAACCCCAGUAUGACAUUUGGGGGGACACGGUCAAUGUGGCCAGCAGGAUGGACAGUUCUGGUGAAGCGGGCAAAAUCCAGGUCAGGGAGGAGACAGCUGCCAUUCUGACCAAAAAUGGCUACCACCUCGAUUACAGGGGGAUCACUAAGGUCAAAGGGAAAGAACCCAUGAAAACAUUCUUUCUUCAAGCUAGAAGUGACUCCACUAAUCUGUAAAGAAAAAUUGCUAAAACCAAUGUUAUAAACUUGUUCCAUUUUAAACCACUUGAAGUGGGGGAAAAACUUUGCUAACCAAAACCACAAGUUAUUUAAUACUGGCUGAAUAGAAAUCCUUUGUAAAUAAAUAAAUAAAAAUUCAACAAGAGUGACUGUUCUUGUUUCCAUGACUACCAAAUGCUCAGUUGACAACUUAGCACAUUUAUGUAAACUAUUCAUAUUACUGAAUCCUUUGUGUUCAGUCUCAUGUUUUGAGCUGGGAAAAUCCAUCCUCACCCCCUCCCUCUCUGUACAGUUGUCAUGUUGCUUCAACUGGAAUGUUAAUAAUAACCACAAUUUUUAACUGUCAAUGUUGAUCUAUGCUGUUGUGUAGCAGAACAGUCCAAGUUUGAUAUAGCAGAAGCAUGAAUGGUUUGGUUUUUUUUUUUUUUUUUUGCUUGAAGGCAAGUGUCAAAAGGCAACAUUCAAGUAACCAAUAACAAAAGUAUGAUGCCAAUCUCGAAGUAGUAUGUGAGUGUGUGUUUUGCUGUGCUAAUCAAAGCACCAUCAAAAUUUGAUUUGUUAACACUUUCUUGUCUUUCAACAUAUCUGCUACACAUUUUUGACCAGUCAGAAAAUGUUUGACAUUGCACACAAAAAACCCAAGUUAACCCUUUGGCUGCUAAAACUUGCAUGACAUCCAUGCAGUGCUCCAGCAGUUAAUGGGUUAACUAAUAUUGCCUAUAAUUUUCUAUUUAAAUUAAUAUCACAUCCAUUUUGCCUAGUCAUUAUUGAAUUUGUCAAUAAAUUAUUGUAUAAUUUCCUGA